AUAGCGCACGAGAAGGGCGCGCCCUGAAAAAGUAAACAGAGCUAGGCAGAGCUAGGCAGAGCCAGGCAGAGGGCCAGGCAGAGGGCCAGGCAGAGGGCCAGGCAGAGGGAGCGUGAGAGGUACGGCGGACAUCACGAAACGGUUCUUUUUUCGAGCUUACAGUACAUAACAUUGGGAUCACUUGCUCAUCGAUUUCACAUAUUAAAGGAGUGUUGUUGUUGUAUUUGAGUGAUUCCGGUCGCAGGAGUAAAGUCAACACGUUGUUGGAAUAGGUGCCAAUGUCAUCGGGGAAGAACAAACUGCCCAGGGCGACACUUGAACAGAAGAUUGCUGCGCUGGACUUUUACCGUGAGCGACGUGCCAAAGACGAUGAGGUGAAGACGUCGCAGGCGGACAUUGUGAAGCACUUCAGGGAUAAGAUCUCGAUAUCGACGUCGAGCUUUAGCGAGUGGGUGAAGAAUGAGGCGUCGUUACGCGAGCUGUACAACCGUUCUAAUGGCGCACAUAGGAAGAGCAAGAGAAAGCUCAAGUUCAAGUACGAGGAGAUCAACCAUGAGAUGGAUCUCAUCGUGCAGGAGAGGUUGAAAGAAGGCGAGCUGGUUAACGAGCCGUUUCUGAGGAAGCACUGGUGCCGGCUGGCUCAGAAGUACGGUGUUGAUAAUCCAAAGCGACUGCAGAGUUUCUCUCAUGGGUGGUUGACCCAGUUCAAGAAGAGACACGGAAUCGAUAAACAGAGCCGUGAAAGGAAUAGAGAAGUGCCGAAGCUGAAUCCUUCGAUACCACCAACUUUGGGUGCCUCAAGAAUACAGCUCCAGCCUCCAGAGCCAUUGCAAAGAGAGCAGCCUCAACAAGAUCAGAAUAGACGGCUUCAGCUUACUCAGAAUGGUGAAGUUGGUGGGUUUGGCCUUGAAGAGUACAACGAGGAGUACAUGAAUCUACAGAACUACGAAACGCUAAUAACGAACCAGAGUAACUUUCUCCAACAACAGUUGAAUGUUAGAGUACCACCACAGCAGGUUUCACAGGCGAGUCCUCUUCAGCAAGACGUUAUACCUCCAAUACUUGCCCCACGGAAUAGAUUGAUUGAACAGCAGCAGCAGCAGCAGCAGCAGCAACAACAGCAUCAACAGCAGCAGCAGCAGCAAAUACAACGGCUUGGAGAACCACAAGAAAGUACGCAACAACGGGGAUCUCAACGCGACUCACAACCUCAGAUUCAACAGUUACAAAUGCUGAUGCAGCAACUCCAACAACAACAAUUACAAUUACAAGAUGCAUUGAAUUCCCAGCAAACCUCCACACUAUCAGAUGGUGACUUUGAAUUGUUCUUCACAAAGUAUGGAGGUGAAUUUCUGGAUUAUAACCGUGAUAAGUAUCCAGAAAGUGCUAAACUUUUUGAACAUUUCCUAAUCGUCUUUAAAAGGGAAAGAGAGAUCUUUAAUGAACGAAGGUUACGAGAGUUGAUAACGAAAAGAUGAGAAACGAUAAAUCAUGAAUACUAUUCGUGUACUAAUAGGAUAAUAGCUACC